UUUCUCCAGUUGCAGUUUUUGCAGUUUGAUCAGCCCACACGCCUCCUGCAGCAGAGCGGGCCACUUUUAUGUCGGUGAGUCACCUGGGUGAAUGCUCCAUCUCUUUGACCUGCAUUAAUGCUUCUCGAAUAGGAAACUCGUCGAAGCAUCUGAGGGUCCGUGGCGGGAGCUGAAGUGGCAGAUGCUCACUCUCUUUGACUUGCAUUGAUGCUUUGGAAUAGGAAACUUGAAGAAGCCAUCUGAGGGUCCGUGGCGGGAGCUGCAGCGAGGUGAUUGGGUGCAGCACAGCGACGGAGGAGGAGGUGCAACGAGAAGAAGUGUUCAGAAAUGGAGGACGCUGGGUCGCAGUAGCUGCCUCAUGUGGACCACUCUCUGCCAGGAGACACGCCGAAGCUUCACCCGUCACCCGUCCUCCGUGUCUACAGAUGAAACAUGGCCGUCUCCUGGUUCGUCUGGGUUCUGCCAGCAGCCGUCCUUGUCUCCGUGGUGCUGCUGGCGCUGGUGUGUCUGCACUGCAGGAACAGCGGGCCUCUGGUCUCCAUCAGGCAAGCGAAUGUUUCAGAGGAAUACAUGCCAUCCACUGAAUUCAGAGUCAUCCAUCCCUUUGCAGCCCAGCAGAAUUCUGAUGUGAACUCCAUCCACUUGCUGUCCCCUUUCCUCCCCUUGUCUGACCCUGGAACACAGCGCAGACAGAGAUCCUACACCCCAACGGAAACUGAAAGUAAUCCAAGUUAUGAGAAUCCAACAGACGGUCCGGACUACAUCAACACUGAGAGCGAUGCAGAAGACCCCGGAUACAUAAUCGUGUUGCCUGAAGGUGAAACCCCUGUGACCAAUCAGAGUCGAGCCUCCACGCCUAGUUCAGAUGUUCUACAUGACUAUGAAAAUGUCCCAACAAAGAAGGAGGAAAAAGACUAUCUGAACGUGGAGCUGCUGCAGUAUCAGAGAUCAACACCAGAUCUGUCCGUCCGGAGUGACAGCACCACGGAUGGAGACGAUAACGACAAUGUUGGUAAAGAAGAUGAUGAUGGAGACGACGACGAAACUGAUAGUGACGAUGAUGAAGGAAACUACGUCAACGUGCAUGAAGUGACACUGACUGAUUAACUGACUCUAGUGAGCGCCAUCUACACUUUUUUCCUCCUUGAAGUCAUGAUGGCUUUUUUAGGUUGGAUUUCAAACUGAGGAAAGAAACUGAACAUGAAUUAAAACUUUUCAAUUUGUUAUUUUACAAGAAAAAUACAUUUGGAUCUUCUCUAAUAUUGAAAUAGUAAUUAUUUGAGAAACAACUUGAAUAUUGUUUGAAUUUACUUGCACAUUUUUUUUGAUAUUCUCAAAUUAAUAUGUUAAAUUCAUGCGAAGAAGAAUCUGAUAUUUUGACAUAAAAAUGUUGAAUUUAAUAGAGGAAAUGUGAUAGAAAGUGAGGAUGAGAAAUAGCUUUGAUGGAGAACAGAAACUCGUUCGUUCUGUCGGAUCCUGAGAGUUUCAGCUUUCCAGGUUCUGAAAGGAGGAUACUGCUAACGCACCAACCAGACGUUUGGCCAGCAGCAGAACGCUGCAUCUGAACUGCAUUAGUAGAAUUUAAAAAGCCAUAAUAAAUCAAAAGUCUUACCGACAGAAAGCUGUUGGACAUAGAGGGUAUGUUGGUCACCUUUUGAUCCAAAUUAACUAGACAAUUAAUGACGUUGCUUUGUGAGAUGAUGAUGGGAAUUGUCAUCAUGUUGUAGAAUACAUAAAUCAAUCUAGGGCACCAACUCAAAAGUGAGCUUGUUUUGCAACUUAUGAAAUGAUCUCAUCUCUGCUGAGUACAGACAACGAUGUACAAGUACGGAUGAUCUCAAUUCUGACAUAAAACAAAGGGAGUCCACAGGGGUCAAUACUCGGACCACUUUUUUCCUCAUGUAUACUCUGAAAAUAUGCAACUUGGAAAUGAUAAUACUUUUAAUUAUUGAUUAACCUGAUGAUAUCUUUUAGGUAACUCAAUGAAUGCUUCGCUCCAUAACAUGUCCGAAAGUAAUGAAAAAAGUCCAUCUCAGUUUUUAAAACUAUGGCGGUCUUUAAAUGUUUAGAUAUUCACUUUGUGCUAUAAAAUAGAGAGAAUCAGCAUAUCCAUAUAUAUGAUGGAUAAAACGGCUUUUAAAAACAUUUUUGAAAUGCAAACAUAUUUUGUGUACAUUUUAUAGCCUACAUAGAUGUUGUUAUUUUGAAGGAACCAGAGAAGUGUUAAUCAGGCUAUGAUAGACAGACUAUUAUUGGGUAUUUAAGGCAGAUUAAGGUUACACAUUUUGAACUGACGCUAUUACAAUGAUUUCAUAAGAACCUUGAAUUUCUGAAAGUAAGUGUUUUGUAGUUUCUAACAUUAUGAACGUUUUUGUUGAUGCAUAUCUGAGCUUUACUUUGAUUUUACUGACAAGUCCUGAGAAUGUCCUUAUUCACAAUUUGUUUUAAUUAUGUAUUUAUGUGUCUUACCUUUCUCUGUAAUCCAUUUGUGUUUUUAUUCAAUUAAACCUUCAUCAAACCUUAAA